AUGAACAAUAGAGAACGCGUCAGUUAUAGUACCGAGGAAAGUGUUCCUGUCAACUCCUUUCAUGUCGCUGGAAUCAAGACCAAGACUAUCAUUGGAAUGGUGGCCGCUACGCAAACGGAAACCUUGUUCCUGCGCUCGACGUCGGAGUGGAAAAGAUACGAGCGAGAGAGCAUCAAGCCAUCUCUAGAUGCCGGCAUUGUCAGAACAAAUGCAAGGACAGGACCGAUCGCCGCCAUCGCAAAAUUGCCAUCGGCCAGCUCUGUCCGACCAUCAUAUGUUCUGAGGAACAGCCCCGAGGGCUAG